UGCAAAAGACGUAAGCGCACGCCACUCUUUUCAUCUAAAGAAAAAGGACGAUUGAUUUUAAACGGCGUGUGAAGAAAAAAACACUAUCAAAAUGCCUGCUGCCGAACCAGAUAUCCCGACUAAGAUCUUUGUCGGCAACCUCUCACAGGACACUGAUGAGAAAAAGCUGGGAACUUAUUUUAGCAAGAUGGGGAAGAUAAGUGAAGUAUUGUUAAUGAGAGACAAGGAGACUAAUGUGUCACGUGGCUUUGGAUUCAUCACAUACGAGAACCCUUCUGACGCAAAAGAUGCAGUGGGUCGCUUUAGUGACACUGAUCUCGAUGGGAAGCUACUCCGAGUUAGCAUGGCGCUGAAGGGGAUUAAACAGCAGAUCAGUGCCUCACGAGGUGGGGGACCCGGCCGUGGUGGUAUGAUGAUGGACAGAGGGCGUGGUGGUUUCAGAGGUAGAAGUGCACCCAUGGGUGGUCGAGGCGGUGGCCAUUACUCCUACUCCAUGGAAAGACCCCUUCUAUCAGGACCCCCUGGGCGUGGGGGACCUGGAGGGCUCGGUGGGCCCCCAGGACGGGGUGGACCCCUCGGUAGGGGUGGUCCCCCCGGUCGUGGUGGCCCGUUACGAGGUGGUCCUUCUAGAGGCAGUCCGUACCCACCCAGGGGCGGAGGACCCCCACGGGGAGGGCCUCCAGAAAGAGGGAUGAUGCACCAUGGUGAGGAUGACUACCUGAGAGUGGGAUCUACCGCUCCAAGGAGUGCCCCACCCAGGAGUGGAAAAGAACCACUGCUGUCUGCUCCACCAGCCAGUGCUAUGGGCGACUUUAGGCCACGUGGUUAUGAAAGAGGUGCCUACGAGCGUGAAGCAGAUGGCCGACGAGAUCAUCCUCCACGUUCAGGGUACGAUGCUGAGGAGCCUCAUGUUGAACCAAGACGCAGAGGUUACCCAGAGGAGGACUUUGGUGCAGCACCAGCAGCUGCCAGGCCAGCUCGCAGUGGGUAUGACGAAGCUGCCCCAGACCCUUACUCUCGUGAGCGCUUCCCACCAGCCAGGGAAGAGCCAAGAAGAGCCUAUCCUGAACGAGAGGGUUAUGCCAAUCGUGAGGCGCGUGACCCGUACGCCCCCCCUGCUAGGGACUCCUACUCCACAGCUGCUGCGUCACGUCCGACUUACGACUACAGCCUGCCACCAGGCCGUGAGGUACCCGGCCCUCCCCAACCCGCCCCUCCCCGCGAGUUCCUGCCCGCCACGGCCCGUACUGGCAGUCGGUUUGAUGAUGGGCGUGGUGCUCCCCCUGCUAGAGAUUAUGAGAGGGUUCCAGUUAGGGAGUAUGGUGCAGAGAGAGCCGAGGCUGGCUAUGGCAGAGAUUAUGAACGUGAACCAGCUUCCAGGAAUCAAUACGGCGGUGAGCAGUACCCGAGAACACCUGCCCGGGCAGCGGAACGAGAAUACGGGGCUUUGCGUUUGGUUAAAAAGUUCAGCGACUACACACCUGUUUGGACGCCACAAACUGACAACUCGAUGGGGAAACAACAUCACAGGCAAGCAGUUUGCUGAUUCCAUCUGUACAUGUAAGACGGUAUUCAUUGUAGACUUGUUGAGAAGUUGUUGAAUGUUUUUUUACUACAGCGUGAGUAAAAACGAAGUUGACCGAGAUUUGUGAUUUAAAAACACGAACAGCAACUGACAAUCAAAACCCAAGUGAAGCACAUGUAUUAAAAAAAGCAGUCAGUCCUGCUUAUAAAUCUGGAAAAAAAAAAGAACGAAACAAAUUGAUAAUUUCUAAGGGAAGAUAUGCCUGUUUUACUGAAAGCACUCGUGUUUGUAGCUGUUAAUUGAAUGGUAAUGCUUGACUAAAUCUAAUGUAUGGUGGCAAAGGAAAUAAAAACAGGUAAAAUGCUUUCUGUACAUAUGUUUUGUCAAGGAUUCCGUGGACAGCUUGCAACACGAGUACCUUUACUAACAGACAUAACACUACUUAUAGGAAUGAUCAAUUUCCUUCGUUCGUUUUUUUUCUAACAUGCAGGAGAAAUUGCUUGUUAAACACAUGCUUUACUGAACAUUUGAGUGUCAUUUUGUUUGUUUUGAAAAACAUCACCAAUCCUGGUCAACUUCUCUUUGACUCGCCCUGUAUACAAUGUAUACUGCUUUUGCGAGACUGCUAGCUCUGCGCAUGAGAGACAUUUACGCUAUCAUCACCACAAAUAUUUAAUGGCUUGUCGAAAAGUCUAUAUUCGUUGGUACUUUUUAUACGAUUACUAGAUGGUACCUUUAUAUAAACCUGGAUGAAUUCAAAAUAUCGUCUAUCAAGAAAAAAUGUUGCGUGUUUGAGAUGGGGGGGGUGGCUAAUUUAGCAAAACUAAUUUCAAACCUUUCUUUCCAAUGCUGUCAACAUGCCAAACAGAAGUGCAGCUAAGAGGUUCACCGCCAACUCUUUAGAGGGUAAGUUUUUGCAGCUGAAUUGGGUAUUAUUUUGUACAGAUAAUUGUCAUUAG